AUGACAGAUAAUCAAAAAGAACAACAUCAACAACUAAACUAUCCAAAGAGUAUACAAGUAAAAGGUACAGACUCUGAGGGUACGAUUGUAUAUAAAAAUUUAAAUGAACUUUGGAGUAAAGAAUUGGUAAACGAUAAUAAUAAUGAUUUGAAAUGGUAUACUUCUGCUGCUGACUAUUGGAAAUCUGUAGAUGCUACUGUAGAUGGAAUGUUGGGUGGUCUUAGCUAUGUAUCCGAUACAGAUGUAGAGUGUAGCAAUAAGUUUAUCACUGAAAUGACAUCAUUGGGUAGAGGUAGAGCUUUGGAUUGCGGUGCUGGCAUCGGUAGAGUCACUCAACAUCUGCUACUUCCACUCUUUGAGAAAGUUGAUCUUCUCGAACAGAAUCCACUAUUCUUAGAUGAAGCUAAAAUUAUAUUUAAAGAUGAAAAAAGAGUUGUUAAUUAUUUCGCAGUUGGAUUACAGGAUUUCGAUUUUAAAGAUAAGAAUAAUGGUGAGCCGAUUAAAUAUGAUUACAAUAUAGCAAAGAAAGGUUUCAUCAUGGACAAACAAGAUAGUAGUGUCACUCGUACCGAUGAACACUUACGUUAUCUCUUCAGUCAGGCUGAUGCAACCGUCACCAAAUCAAUCUUACAACCAAACUUUCCUAAAUCAUUAUUCCCAGUUAGACUUUAUGCAAUCAACUCAACACCAACUACAACUUCAACAUCUGAAACUUCAACAACUACAACAUCUGAAACUUCAAAUGUUUAA